AAAGGAUCCUGGGAAUCGUAGUCCUGCAGGGGAACGACCGCCUUUUUCUGGAGCAACGAGGGUUUCACAGGCUUUCACGCCUCGUGGGAAAUAUUAUCGCCAAACAACUUUGUGAAGCAUCUCAAUAAAACUUAAGAGAAAGAUCAGUUGAAACAUGGCAGCGGAGGGGGAGGUGUAUGGAGGCAGAGAGUAUCCAGCGCACUACAAAGUCAUGAUGGACAAACUUAAUGAACAGCGGCAGUUGGACCAGUUCACAGACAUCACCCUGAUUGUGGAUGGACACCAGUUCAGAGCCCACAAAGCAGUGUUGGCAGCAUGCAGCCAGUUUUUCCACAAGUUCUUCCAGGAUUUUACCCAGGAGCCUCUGGUGGAGAUAGAAGGAGUGAGCAACACAGCCUUCCGCCAGCUGAUGGAGUUCACUUACACAGCCACGCUAGUGAUAGCUGGGGAGGACGAGGCUUACGAUGUGUGGAAAGCAGCUGAAUACCUACAAAUGCAGGAAGCUCUCAAGGCGCUCGGCAACAAGAUAAAUGAGAAUUCUUCAUUGACAACGAAGAGCAAAAGUAAAAAACGGAAGAUUGCUGAGACGUCUAAUGUGAUUACAGAAACUCUGCCAACAGCAGAAGCGGAACAGGUAGAGAUUGAGGUGGAGGUAGAAGAGUCGGCGCUGGAGGAGGUCGUGGAUGGAGUAAAGCAUGCUCAAGUAGCAUCAGAUGACUCUGCUUUGGCCCUCCUUGCUGACAUAACCAGCAAAUAUCAGCAAGAGGAGCCAACAAUACAGCAUGAGAUUGUGUAUCAGGAGGAAACCAUGGCAGCCUCAAAGACCCUGGAGAAUGUUGAGGUGGUAGAGGUCCAGUUCUCCCAGGCUGACAACACGUUCCGCUGCGACAAGUGCGACCGCAGCUUCAAGCUGUACUACCACCUAAAACAGCACCUAAAAACUCACCUGGGCUCAUUGGAAAAACCAUAUGUGUGUAGCCACUGUGGUAAAGCGUACACGCGGGAGGGAGCCCUGAAGCAGCACAUCAACACGUUUCAUUUUGAUCUAGAGGAAGCCUCUCGAAGCCAGAAACCCCAAAAGAAAGUACAUGUUUGUGAAUACUGUAAGAAGCAAUUUGAUCACUUUGGGCACUUUAAGGAGCACUUACGGAAACAUACUGGUGAAAAACCAUACGAGUGUCCAGAUUGUCAUGAGCGAUUUGCAAGGAACAGCACCCUGAAGUGCCAUAUGGCAGCCUGUCAGAACGGGGCCGGAGCCAAGAAAGGACGCAGGAAGCUUUACGAAUGCCAGGUUUGCAGCAGCGUAUUCACCAGUUGGGACAUUUUUAAAGACCAUCUUGUCAGCCACACUGGAGACAAGCCCAACCACUGCACCAUGUGUGACGUGUGGUUCACCCACAGCAAGGAGCUGAAGGCCCACCUCAAAGAUGUGCAUUAUAUUGAAGAGAAGACUAUAGAAGAACUGGUUCUCACUGACUCUGCCGCAUCCGCCGCUCUCACCAUAGCAACGCAGAACAUGGGAGCUGAAACGGUCCUGCUGGACGACAGCAUUCAGGUCGAACAUGUCACAGUAGAGCCAGUCAAUGUUAUGGAAAUGGCGGAAACCGCAACGGUUGUGGUGGAGGACGGAGGCGUUGCGGGAAUGUGCGAAGAGGAUGUUGAGAGAUUAAAACAGGCUGGGCUGCAGAUCCAGGUGGUCCACGUGGCCACGACAGAAGUGGACGGGCAGCACGUGGUGAACGCCCAUGUGGAAGUAGAGAUUGAGGAAGAGCUGGUGAAUGUUGAGGAAGCAGAACAAACACUGGUUGUAUGAAAAUGUGAAACGUAUGGACUUGCAGGACACUUUUCCAUUACUGUGCAGCUCUAAUAACUGGUAGCAGACAUCUUUUUCUGUUUUUCCCCUCAUACUCAGCCUUGCAUGUGGGGAUGUUUCAUAUCGCCUCAAUACUUGCACUUACAGUAUGUUGAAUGCCGUCAUUUCCAAUCCACCCAGAAGUCUUGAGUUAACAGAUUUACUUUCUGUUGCUAAUAUUUCUGUUUUUAUUUAAGAAGCUGUUUCAUAUCCCAUAAUCCUGUUGUCCUCCGUUCUUUAAUUUCUUUUUACCCAUUUUCAUUGAAUAUCUUGGUCUGUGGACUUGAAUCAUGUGCCAUGACAAUAUGAUGAGAAUAAAAUGAUGCAGCGGCUUGUAUAACAUCUGUUUUAUGCUGCUACUGUUUCUCAGAAUUCUAAACCUUCAUUGAUAUUUAUUUUCAUACUGCUUUUUAUUUGUAGGAGAAUCUUGGCUCUGAAAUAAAAUUGAUUUUGAGAAUGAAUUAGUCUUGUAUCUUUAUACUAAGAUCCUGCUAGUCUUAAUGCAGCGGGGUAGACAUG